AUGAAUUCGUUCCUUCAGAAUAAUGAAUGGGCUCAAGAUCCAUCAUUCGAACACUUCUGGAUACAUUAUGAUAUGUCGCAACGAUGGCUGCAGCAACAUAUAAAAGCUACCCGGCAGUUGUGUCAAGAAAACGGAUUGCCAAACGAUGAUCAUUGUCAAGAAUUUCAAGAGCCAGAGAUGACGGAGAGGUUAUCGAGAUGUGAAAUUCGAAGUGAAGACGUAGAAGAAAGGGAAGAAAUGAGCGAAGAAAUGAAAGAGUUCUUCGCUAAAACUCGAAAUCAUCGUCAAGAGUUGAAGGAAAAACGACAAGCUGAAGAAAAGCAAAAACAUGUGGAAUCCAAAAAGAAGGGAAACCAAGAAGAGUAUGUCAAUAUCGAGCAAAUCACUGUUCGUGGACGAGUAGAAAAAUCAGCAGAUUAUCGAGAUGCUAGCGCUGAGUUUCUAGCAAAACGAGAAAAAGCGAAAAAAGAUUACGGAGAAGAAGCGACGAAAAUCUUGUCAAUGGAAAGUGCAAUUGAAAUGAAGUUCGAGUCUGAAUAUGCUCGAAAUCCGCAACUCUGGCCAAACAUUCCGUUUAGAUUUUGA